CUCAUGUUUCCUACCAACUGUACAAUACCCAUGAUGCCAAUCUAGGGGCGGAGUCUAAAGCAGGCAGAGUUGUUUAUUCAGUUGGGUCUGAGUCUGACACUCUGGGAACAGCUGGUGAAGGAAUACGCAGAUAGGUCAGCGGAGGUGAACAGUUUUCUUAUUCCAGUGGGACACUGCCUCUGUUUUCACACUGACUCACUGAAGAUCCUGUGGCUGUGAUGCGCUGAGAUCAUGACAGACAAUAAGGAACAGGACACAGAGAUCCACCCUUUGAAAAGUGAGGAGGGGGUGUCACCAGCUUCGCUCACCAAGAAGGGGGUCUGUCUGGGGAGCUCAGGGCUGUCCCACCUGUCAAGCUGGCGCACUGCUGCCUUCUUCCUCUCCGUCUUCCUCUGCCUCAUCAGCAUCUUUGCCUUCUCCUUCAUCAUCCCCUGCCCUGUGCGUCCUGUCUCACAGCGCACCUGGAUCAACACAUACGGAGAUUCCUCAACAUAUACAUUUCUGGCUGUAACGGACGCAAACAAUGACAAAGUUAUGGAUGUCAUUUUUGCCUUCAGAGGCUCCAAAGGCUGUCUGAAUGUGUCUUGCAGCGACGCAGGGUUCUCCUCGCCGUGUUCCUUCCUGGUUGCUGUCACGGGCACCAACGGCAGUGUCCUGUGGGAGAGGCCACUCAGUCAGGAGCUGCUGUGGGUGCAGUGUGGCAUUGAGAAGCUGGGCGGGCUGGAGGCUCCCGGGUGCCUGCUGUUUCAUUCCCAAAACCUGACCGCCAUUGAUUCCCGGAGCGGGGUAACUUUGUGGCAAAACAACAAUACACUGGGGCUGAAGCAGCCAGCUCUGAAGGUUCCAGACCUGGAUGGGGAUGAAGUGGGGGAUGUGGUACUGAUUGGGGCCGCUGGAGAUGAGACAAAGGUGGUUAUUGUUUCAGGAAGAACUGGCCAGCAGAUUGGUAUUGAUGCAGACCCUGGUCUCAGUGAUGUAUUGGGCCACGUAAUUCAUGUCACCAGCAGUGGGUCUUACUAUAUUCUGUUUAAAAAAGCAGACUCUGCUGUUUAUGGAUACGCUCUGAAGAAUAUCGUUGCCAUGGCAAUCAAAACGCCUGGGAGUAACAUUAAAUUGCAGCAGGAUCCCAAGUGGGAGGAAAUGACCAACAGCACCUCUGGAAGCGUGCCUGUUUACAAUUCGGGCUCUGUUCAGCACCUGUUGAAAAUGGGGAACCAGGGAAAGACUCCAGAGAACCUGCUUCUAGUGACUGGCCACUGGGUGGAGCUGACAGAUGGGCAGAGCCUGCGCUCCCUGUGGAGGGUCAACAUCACCAAGGUUAUCAGUGAACCAGUUUUUGGGAACUUCAAUAAGGACGGUGUCCCAGAUGUUGUGAUUGAAGAUGAAAUUGGAAACGGUACAAAAAAGGUGGUGAUUCUGGAUGGCAGCUCUGGAGCGGUGUUGUGGGAGGUGGACAUGGUUUCCAGUUCAACAAGCCCAAAGACUUCUACAGUGAACACUACAGACUACAGGUCUGCUUUCCUGUUCUGGGGGGAGAUCCCUGGCGAGGCGAACGCAACUGUAUCAUUGAAUCAGCAGCAUUUUUUGUACCUGCUUCAUCCUUCCUAUCCCAAAAUCCUUUUGGAGCUGAACAACAGCACUGAGAGUAUAGCAGCUUUCAAAGCGGUCCUCUUUGAGAAGAGCAGGCAUGCUGGCUACAUGCUGCUGACCGGCCCCACGGAGCAGUCGGAGACGGGCAGCGUGUCGCUCGCCAAGCGCAAGCUAAAGGAGGACGUGGCUCACAGCAGGGUGGUGCGGCUGAGCCAGGAGGAGGGGUUCAGCGACCAGGAGAUCAGGGACAGCUUCUUCAGGCUGCGGUACAGCAGCAGCACCUAGAGUGCUACACACCCGUCGAGGACUGAGGCUGCCUUUCACUCGCACACGAACAGCACAAACCUGUCUUUCUGAUGUGGACGAGCGCAUUCUCACAUGGAAAGGUUUUGGAAGACGACUGCAGUAUUUUUUUUUUUAAAUUUAAGUGGCAUAAACAUUUAAACAUAGCAACACUAAAUUAGCAUAUGUCAGGGCUAGGCAGCUCCGCUCCAGGGUUAAUAGACUACUAUAGGACUACCACUUUAAGACCUGGUCAGAUGAUCAAGUAGUUGAAUUUAUUGAUUAAGAAGAACAUGGUUGAAACAUAGACCUAGGCUGGACGGGCAUGCUUGCCUAUACCUGGCAUUAGGUCACACUAUCAGUUAUUAUUAUUAUUAUUAUUAUUAUUAUUAUUAUUAUUAUUAUUAUUAUUAUUAUUUUAUUUUUUUUAGUGUUAUUUACACUGUAGCUACGGAGCAAUUUUACAUGCAGUUACAUAAUAAUGAUGCAUGUAAAAUGUAACUACUCAACUUCAUGAGUUACUGUCACAAAGAUUUGAAAAGUGUCUAACCUGAAAAUUGGAUAUACUACUCAGAAUCUGAUUGUUUUACAUUUGUGCUUUCUAACACUAUUCAUGGCAUUUCAGGUACUUUUUUAAAAGGGUACUUAAAUAACCCAUUUUGGACUCUGAUUGCAGUUUUAAUUGCAGAGCAUAAAUCGGUCAACUCAAGGCCACAUAGUUUGACGUAGUGGACAAAAUGUAAGAAUACUAUAACAUGAAGCAUUAAGAACCAAGCUUUACAUCUACAGAUUAACAGUAUACACAACUGCCAGAUAUAAAAAUGCAUUGGGCAAAAAUAAGAUGCAUUACAAUUUACUUUUUUUUUUUUUCCUUCAAUAUUUUGAGAUUCAUUCUGUAGUUACAUUCUGAUGUUGUUUUGAAGUUCCUCCAGUAUUUUUUUGUCAAUUUAAUAUCAAAUGAUUUGGAUAACUAAAUGUACACUGAAUAGUAUAACUAAAUCUAUAUUUUUCCAGGUCUCUUUAUAUCCAAUAGGUCCAAUAUAGCACAGGUUUGACCCGCAAGGUUUCAAGUCAGAAGAGUGAUGGUUUCUGGGUUGGUUACCUAUGUUCUAGGCAAUGGGUCAGAUCUGUAUUAGCGUGUAAUUUGCAAAAAAAUGUGAAUUUCAGUUUCUACAGUAGCAAGCAGACCUUUAAGAACGAUUCCCCACAGCCAAUACAGUUUUGCUUUGUGUUUGAUAUUAUUUUUUUCAGUGCAAUGGUUGUGGAUUGUUAGUUUGUUUAAAUACUAUAUACUGUAAUAUAUUUAAAAGCUCUUUGCACAGAAAAUUGGUGUAAGGAGGGUGGACAGUUGGGACCCCUUUUACCAGCACAGACUGUUAUGUUCAAUCUUUGCAAAUUACCUGACUGUGGGGGGAUGUUGGGUAUUAAAUCAGUCUGGAUUUGGGGAGUGGUUUUUAUACCCAUAUGCCGAUAUGUUUUUAUGCCCUGCUUUUACUGGUGGUGUGACUGGUACAGCCAGGUAUAUGGACUGUUUUCAGGUUACAUCAUCUUUGAUGUGCCUUUUAUUUAGUAUGCUAGUAUUACCAUGUGGGUUAGACUGUAUGGUUUAUUAUUAUUAUUAUUCAAUUGGAACAAUUAAAUGUUUCCCCCUGUUUUGAAAUAAAUGUUUUUACUCCCAGUUAA